AUGGUGAGGUUGAGCGGCAUAAAGCAAGAUUGGUGGCGAAAGGCUACGAGCAAAGGCGAUGAUGGGAUUUUCAUAUGUCAAAAGAGGUACUGUGCAGAGUUGUUGAAGAGGUUUCAGAUGUUUGAUUGCAAUCCAGCUAGAAUUCCUUUGGAGGUUGGUACUAAAUUAUCUCGAGAAGGUGAUGUUGCACAAAUUGCUCCUAUUUAUUUCAAGCAAAUUAUUAGGAGUUUGAGAUAUCUCACAUGUACAAGGCCAGAUAUAGCCUAUGGAGUUGGUCUAAUCAAUAGAUAUUUGGAGGCCCCUCGCCAAUCUCAUCUACAAGUUGUAAAGAGAAUUAUGCGGUACCUAAAUGAGACUUAUGAUCAUGGUUUAUUUAAUUCUUCAUCUAAUAAUUGUGAUGUUGUAGGCUAUUUUGAUAGUGAUUGGAGUGGAGAUCAUGAUGAUCGUAAAAGUACUUCUAGCUAUAUUUUUAAUUUUGGCUCCGACAUAGUUUCAUGGUCAUUGAAGAAGCAGUCUAUUGUUGCACACUCAACUUGUGAAGCAGAGUAUGUAGCAGCAGUGUUGAGUGCUUGUCAAGUAAUUUAG